GAUAUUCAUUAGCCUAACCUAACCUCAAAAGGUCGCGUAAUCGAACAUAAUCAUCUCAGGAAAACGUUUGUUAUUAUCGUCUAUCGAAUUAAAAUAUACCGGCCUGUACGUACAAAAGUCUCUUAAGCAGAAGCUCUCUUAGACUCAAUAAUUUCUCUUCUUUCUCUCGCUAACUCUCCAAGUGUACAUUUAUUUUAUUUUAACCGCAAAAAAAUAUAAAGUGCCGCGCAGCUGCAUUUUCUGAGCAAUUAUAUUUAAGCUCGAGAUUUCUUUUAAUAUCAUUGUGGACGCUGCAUGGAAUUCGCUGCGAUACGUUUCGUGAAGAUAAGGCUCGAGUUAGGUUGCGUGGACACGAAGAAGCGGAGAUCAUGAAGGAGCUGUUGAAUCAAGCAUCUAUGGCAUACGGCAGCUCGUUCGUCAAUAACAACAACAAAGAUGCAGGUACCAGCAGUAUUACAGGUGACAAUAAUUUGAGGAAGUACGCCAUGCUCAGCACCGAAUGGAUCUCUACCAUCGGCGAGGAACUAGGCAUGCAUCCGUUGCCAGAUCCACUUUUAAAGAGAUUAUCCGAAGAUGCUUCCUAUCGCUUGCGAGAAAUUCUACAUAAAUGUGUUACGAGAUUGAGACACAGUAAAAGAAGACGCCUGACAUCCAUGGAUGUAAAUGCGGUAAUCACCAGCUUGUGUGAUGCUGAUCCGGUUUUUGGUGCGUCAGAAUCCAUGCCGGAGUAUCAUACCGAAGCGAAAGUUUAUGUACCUAGCGAAUCUGUCGUUAAUCUCACUAAUCAAAUGAAUGAUCCAGUAUGCCUGUCGCAAACCAACGUACCAUUUCUGCAAGAAUCUGAAAUAUGUGAUAAGAAGCUUACAGAAGCACGUCAUAAUUAUGCCAAACGUGCGUUGAAAACUUUAUUUAAUGGCUCGCAAAAGACCUUUCAGGUCUUACUUAAUGACUGUGCUACCAACGUGCAUUUAGGCGACGAAGGAGUCGUCGACAAGUUGAUGUCUAUCGCUAGGUCUAUGGUAAUCUCAAAUAACGCACAAUAUACACGUGUUUCCACGCGGACGUGUCAACUCAUAAUUGCCAUUGCUAGUAACAGCGAAGCUGUCUAUCCCUAUCACUUAGUUUCGGUGGAUAAAUUAACGGAGUUAUUGCUGGAAUUGCUGUUGGGUCAGAGUUUCAUACAUCCGAAUUUAGAAGUGCUCUUUAAAGAUUGCGUGCUCAAAUUGAUGCUUCGCUGGCCGUCGAUUGCCGACAAAUACAUACCAACAUUGGAGAAUGUGCUUUUAAAGAGUGAAACGGAAAGCAUUGAUCUCUACAAGAAAAGGAUAAUGUCGGUGGAAUUAUUAGCGAGCAUUCAGCCUUUUAUAUUUUUCCAACACGAGCCCGCACACACGCUUUCCAUACAAAAUAUUUUAUAUUAUUAUGCCUCCUCUGGUUCAAUUAUCUGGCAGCGAAUAGCCUUAACCGUUUGUGCUCUCGUGAGAUCGCAAGGUCCUUCUUUGGACCUCACCCCUUUAAUCGAACAUUAUGGAGACUCGUUAUUACCUUAUUUACUCGCUAAUCGUGAUGAUAAUGCAAAAGAAAGAAGAAAGAAGAAAACUAGCGCACUGCCUAUCAUUGUUAGAGGCAAGAUGAAAUACGUUAAAGUCAGACCAUUUCUUAACAUCAUCGUUAGAGGCGAGAUGAAAUGCGUUGAAGUCAGACCAUUUCUUAACAACGGAAAGCUAUGGGAUCGACAAACGGCGUUUCCGGAUUCUACCCUGAGAGGACCAAGACGCGAGAUAAGAUUUGCGUUCGCUGGUGGUCGUCCGGUUCCACCCAAUAACUUAAGACGUGUCAGUUUAAGAGCUAAUUAUCAAAUUCUAAGGAGCGACUUUCAAGCCACUCUCGCUCUAGUCGCAUCGCGCAGAUUACUUGGGAUUAAAGAUAAAAAGAAGGGACCUUAUGACUUUUAUAAUUUGGCCAAUGUUUGUCUGUAAUUGAUGCAUAAAGACUAAUAUAUAAACUUUAUCCGAACGUCUUAGAGUUACGUGUACAGCGAGUAUUGUCAUAAUUAUUAAUUUUGUAUUCAUUAUAGCUGUAGAAACCGUUUAUAUUAAUUAAAACUCAAAGAAAUCGUCA